AUGGAUUACGAUAGGGCUAUAGAAGUAGAGGUUCCGAUCAACAUUGCACUUAUCAAAUACUGGGGCAAAAAAGAUGAGGAUCUCAUUAUUCCCGUAAACAAUUCGCUUUCAUUGAACAUUGAUGCUCUUUACGCACGUACUCGGGUACGAUGUUCAUCAAGCUUUCAAUUCGAUUCGGUAACGAUUAAUGAUGUGGAAGUGGACCUUGACGUGAAGAAGAACCAUCGUUUCCGGAAAUGUUUGAAUUGUGCCAGAGCGCUAAUACGACAACAUGCCUCGACCAGUGGAGUGCAACAAGGGGCCGCUGCAGAAGAUUAUAAAUUCCAGAUUUCUUCGACCACAAAUUUUCCUGUGGGCGCCGGCCUUGCUUCAUCUGCUGCAGGCUUUGCAGCUAUUGCUUUUGCAAUAGGAUCAUUAUUUGAUUUCUCAUUGGAGGACAUAUCGGUGUUGGCAAGAAGAGGGUCAGGAAGCGCGUGUCGUAGUGUAUUUGGUGGAUUGGUGGAAUGGGAGGCUGGAUCUGACCCUUCGGGUGCUGAUUGCUUUGCCACACAGCGUUCGCCUGAAACAACAUGGCCAGAACUCCGCGCAGUUGUACUGAUUUUGGAUGAAUCUGAAAAAGAAGUUGGAAGCAGUGAAGGUAUGCGACGUACGGUUCAGACGAGCGAAUUUAUGCAAUAUCGAGCAAAUGUUGUUGUUCCUGAGAGAAUCAGAAGGUUAAUUCAUGCGUACGAGUCACAAGAUUUCCCUGAAUUUGGGCGUGUUGUUAUGUCGGAUAGCAAUCAACUCCACUCUGUCUGUAUGGAUACAUUCCCGCCACUCAAGUAUAUGUCCGAUACAUCAUGGCAAGUGAUUCGAGCAGUGAAUGAGUUCAAUGCUGGAUCAGCUGGUACUCGAGCCGCCUACACGUUUGAUGCAGGGCCGAACGCAUGUGUUUUCAUCGAGCAGAAAGAUGUGGCUCAGUUUAUAGAGCAUCUUAAUCGGCAUUUUGUUAUUGAUGGAGAGGUCUUGGCUAGGUUUUCACAAGCAGCAGGUGAUUUGAAUGAAAAGGCUAUUCCUAGAGCUUCAUCUGUGAUCAGAAAUGUAAUUGUUAGUACGGUGGGUGGCCCUCCGAGAAUUGUUGAGUAA